GAUCCGUUCCAUUCAUUCAACUUCAACCGCGUCCGCGUCAAGCUCACCCACGACACCGGCGAUUGAUGUUGCCGCCACAACCGCGAAUUUCCAGAUGAGGUAGCCACGAUGUCUAUCCCAGGCCUGGGUCAGAUCCCUUCUCAGCCCGCCGCCCCCACAACCCGCACCAUAACCCUGCAGCCCUUCUGGGAAUGGCGCUUCGAAGUGCCGCACACCCUCAACACCUCCUCCUCCUCCGCCCCGAUCUCCACCACCAUCACCAGCUCCUCCAGCAGCGGGAGCGCCGCGAGCGCGAACACCCCGACGGUCCGCCUCGUCUCGGGCACCGCCGAGCGCGACGGCACCGAGCUGGCCCAGAACCGCGCCUACGCCCUGCCGCGCAACUGCAAGUCCAAGAUCCUCACCUACACGGGCGCCGUGCUGGAGGUGGCCGGCCCGGCCUGCGACGGGUACGUGGCGCGGUGCGCCGCGCCGCAGGACUCGCCGCAGCUGGCCGUGCUGAACCUGCACUUUGCGCUGCGGGCCCGGAGGCAGGCGGCUUCGGCUGCUGCUGCGGCCGCGGCUGCAGGGCAUGAUACCGGCGGCGGCGGCGGGAAGGCAUCGGUGGCGGCGGCGCCGUCGCCGGUGCCCGGCCCGCGCGUGAUGGUGUGCGGCCCGCCGGGCAGCGGCAAGACGACGGUGGUGCGGACGCUGGCGGCGCUGGCGACGCGCGCGGGCGCGCAGCCGCUGGUGGCCAACGUCGACCCGGCCGAGGGCCUGCUCGCGCUGCCCGGCACGGUGAGCGCGGCCGUGUUCGGCACCGUCAUGGACGUCGAGGACGCCGCCGGCGGCUUCGGCGUCAGCGCCACCCCCAGCAGCGGGCCCAGCGCCGUGCCCGUCAAGCUGCCGAUCGUGUACUACUUUGGGCGGGAAAAGGUGGAGCACGACGCGCCGCUGUGGAGGGAUCUCACGGCCAAGCUGGCGAGCUCGGUCAGGGCAAGGUUUGCAGCGGAUGAGGCUGUCAGGGAGACCGGGCUGUUGCUGGAUACUCCCGGCGUGACGGUGGCGAAGGCGGAUAUGGAGAUGCUUCUUCAUGCCGUCCGCGAGUUUGCCGUGAACAUCGUGGUGGUUAUGGGCUCCGCUGGCAUCCACGCCGAGCUGCAGCGCCGGUUGGAGAAUGAAAAGACGACACACGGGGAAGCUAUUACGCUGGUGCUGUUGGAGAAGUCUGACGGUGUGGCUGAGCGGGACAAGGAAUUUAUGAAAUUCGCCCGCGAAGCAGCGAUUAAGGAGUAUUUCUUCGGCGACGCGAAGCGGACGCUCAGCCCGUUCACGCAGUCUGUCAGCUUUGACGACGUGGCCAUUUUCAAGACUCCCGAUGAAACCGACUUCUACGAUGUCCCGCAGGGUCUCGAGCCAGCCGAGAUCUCGGCGGAGAUGUCGCACUGGACUCUCGCCGUCAUGAACGCCUCGGUGAACGACCCGCCCGAGACUAUCCAACAGGCGCCCGUCAUGGGGUUUGUGGCUGUGGCCGAUGUGGACGAGGACAGGCGGCGGCUGAAGAUCCUCUCUCCCGUCAGUGGCCGGCUGGGGAACAGGCCCAUGGUCUGGGGACGCUGGCCGGAGCCGUACAUCAACCUGGUAGGGUAAAAUUAGCUGCUGGCUGAUGGCGGCCCGGCCGUUUCUCUGUUUUCUGGCGCAUUUCUGAUUCGCUCAGCGGCUUCAUUUGGGCGCAUGGGCGAAGCGGCGCAUGGGUAUAGAGAAACAGGGCGCUCGACUACUUGCUUUCCGGCUA